AUGGAAGGUGUGGAUCCAGACACUCUUCUGGAAUGGUUGCAAACGGGAGUCGGUGAUGAACGCGAUAUUCAGUUAAUGGCAUUGGAACAGCUUUGUAUGCUCUUGUUGAUGAGUGACAAUAUUGACCAGUGUUUUGAAAGUUGUCCACCAAGAACUUUCCUUCCCGCUUUGUGUAAAAUAUUCCUUGAUGAAACAGCUACAGAAAAUGUUUUGGAAGUCACUGCCCGUGCUAUAACGUACUAUUUGGAUGUGUCGAAUGAAUGUACAAGACGAAUAACACAAGUGGAUGGUGCUGUUAAGGCAAUUUGUAACCGACUAGCAGUUGCGGAAAUGAGUGAUCGUACAAGCAAAGAUCUCGCCGAACAGUGUGUGAAAUUACUCGAGCAUGUUUGUCAGAAGGAAACAUCUGCAGUAUAUGAUGCUGGAGGUUUACAAUGUAUGUUGACUUUAGUUCGUCAGCAUGGACAGUAUGUUCACAAGGAUACUAUUCACUCAGCAAUGUCUGUCAUUACGAAACUAUGUAGCAAAAUGGAACCGAGUGAUUCUACUCUGCCAGAAUGUAGUGCCAGUUUGGGAGCUCUUCUUGAACAUGAUGAUCCGAAGGUUUCAGAAUGUGCUCUUCGUUGCUUUGGCGCACUAACGGAUCGUUUCAUUCGUAAAUUCAUGGAUCCGGUUGAAAUGGUGCAACAUGGGAAUCUCGUUGAACAUCUGCUUAAUUCACUAUUGCCUGUACACCUGACUAGUGUAGCUUGCACUGCAGCACUUUCACAUAUGAGAAAUACUAAUUCAGUGGGAUCAAGUGACUCAAUGGCAUCAUUUGGCUUAAAUCGAUCAGCGUCAUUUGUCUCCGUUGUCAUUUCAUUAUUGAGUAAUCUUUGUCGUGGCUCAUCGAUUGUUACCGAACAAGUCGUAAGCUCUCCGGUUCUUCUUUGUGCACUGAAAACAGUCCUGAUGGGCAAAGAUGAACGCUGUAUUAUGGAUGCUUUGCGCUUUUGUGAUCUUCUUAUGAUACUUCUCUGUGAGGGGCGAAGUGCGUUACCUAAAAGUAUGGGUUCCACUAUAGUUAAUCGUACCGAAACAGGUCCUAAUUCAUUUGACCGAUCCCAUAGGCAUCUCAUCGAUGCAAUUCGUCAACGUGAUACAGAUGCUUUAAUUGACGCUAUUGAAUCAGGACAGAUUGAUGCAAAUUUCACGGACGAUGUGGGACAAACUUUGCUUAAUUGGUCUUCUGCAUUUGGCACUGCUGAAAUGGUGACGUAUUUGUGUGAUAAGGGCGCCGAUGUAAAUAAGGGUCAACGGUCCUCAUCGUUACAUUACGCUGCAUGUUUUGGAAGGUCAGAUAUUGUGAAAAUUUUAUUGAAAUACGGAGCAAAUCCUGAUCUUCGUGAUGAGGAAGGUAAAACAGCACUGGAUAAAGCGCACGAAAGAAGUGAAGAGGAGCAUCAGCUGGUAGCAAGUAUUCUGGAAAGUCCAAGCGCUUAUAUACAAGGGAUUGAUGAAAAGGUAGUGAAGGAAAAAACUGACGUCGCGGGAGAAACAUCAAAUGAAAAGAUCGAUCCCACGAUCGUGCGUCAAUUACUGGAACAACUUUUACCAGUUUUGUGCGAUGUUUAUCAGCGUUCGCUUGGUGCUAGUGUACAUAGAUCCAGUUUGUCGCUGCUUCGUAAAGCUGUCUGUCAUAUAUCACCUGAGUCAAUGGAAUCGAUGGUUACAAAUGAUAGUAAUGGAAUUGAUAUUACGACUGAUAUCUGUUUUUCUCGUGGACAACGGCUUGCUGAAAAUCUUGUUAGCGUUCUCAUGAUGGGUUUGGAACAUGAAGACGACACAGAAUCGCAUGAAAAUGUGUUACAAAUUGUCAAGUCCUUGUUCAUGAAAAGUACAGACUUUUGGUUAGAGCAGUUGGUGCGCGUUGGGAUUUUCGAAAAAGUUGAAGCUAUUGCUAAUCAACCAGUAACACCAGUGAAAGAUAGUGCUGUGACAACAGUGGUCACUGACGGGAAUGGUCGUAUGUCAAGCUGUUUAUCUGUUACAGUUAUGGAUAACAUGUUUGUGGAAGCAGAUGAAGUUUCACAAGUGAAUGCUUCAAAAAACUGGAGUGAUGAAAGUACCACAUCUUCAACGGUUAUAUCAUCAGCUAAGGAAAUAAAUGAUCACGCAAUGGUCAACGUUCCUGUUCAUUUCCAGGAUGAUGAUCUACACAAUAUGCAGGUAACUGUGUCUGCAAGUAUAAAUGCUUUAACUCCAUCCUCUGUUUUCGAAACAUCUGAGACUGGUUCUGUCACAGCGGUAACUUCCAAAUAUAAUACGGGCGUUGAUCUUUCGUUGGCAGUAGAUGAUGAAUGGGAAAUUGUACAAGGUAAGAGCUAUCGAUGGAAAGAUUGGAGGAUGAUCAAAAGCAGAGAUUCCUUUUUUAUUUGGUGCGAUGCUGUAGCCGUGGAAUUUAGCGAUGGUAGUAAUGGUUGGUUCCGCUUCAUGUUAGAUGGUCGGCUUAGUACUAUGUAUAGCAGUGGGAGCCCAGAGGCUGGUUCUGACAACGCUGAAACCCGUGGUGAGUUUUUGGACAAGCUCACCAAAGCUCGAAGUGUUGUACCACCAGGCAGCUUUCUUCAUUCAAUAUUUAGCGCACCGGAUAUUAAUAAAACGAUUGAAAUUGGCAAUUGGAUCUUGAGUUCGCCAAAAAUUGGUGAAUUAAUUGUAACAAAUUGUGAUGGGAAUCAGCAACGUUUGAUCAUUGUGGAGGAUUUGCCUGGUUUCAUUUUCGAAUCAAAUCGCCAAACAAAACAUUGUUUCCAAGCGGAAAGGACUCUAGGUUUAGACUUUGUUACUGGGUGGGCUGCACGAGGUGGAGGGCGACGCUUGCGCUUCCGUGCCGAGACUCAGAAAGCGAAACUACAAGAAAUGGCGAAGGAAAUUUGGGACAAAUAUUUGAAAGAAGCUCAAUCAAAGCCACGGGACGCUUUAGUUGAAUUGCAGAAAGCAUCAUCCACAAUCAAGAAUAUCUGCCAGCAAAAAAAUGAUCAGUUAUCGGCACAUAUGCUUUCGGAACUAGAAGCAGCUUUGAAAUGCAUACAUUCUUCCGUUAUUAAUGAUCGUCUGCUGUCAACUUUUGAAUUGUCGAUAUCUGGAAUGGUUGGCGCUUUAUUAGCGUUUCUGAAAUUUGUACAAAGGGACACGAAUUGUGAAAUAGCAAUCAUUUUCCGAAGGGUUUUCGUAGACCAGCGUUCACUGUCCGCUCUAGUGUGUAAAAUGGUGUCGGUUCUAGAUUCUAUAGAAAAAUUUCCUCAGUAUCUCUAUGACACUCCUGGUGGUUCAUCAUUUGGUUUACAAUUAAUUAAUCGUCGUAUAAAACUGAAAUUGGAACAAUUUAAUUCGAAUACACCUCCUCAGAUGCAGUUGCUGGAUCGAUCGGGUAGAACAAUGAAAGUGGAACCAUUAAGUACAGUGAAGCAGUUGAAGUGUUAUAUUUUGCGAAUGGUUACUAAACAGUGGUAUGAUCGAGGACGUCAAACGUUUCAUUUUGUGGAAGAAAUAAAAAACGCAAGAAAGCAUGGAACAAAAAUUUCAUUCACCUACACUAGUGACUUCGAUGAUAAAGGCAUAAUUUAUUGGCUGGGAACAAAUGGAAAAACAGUUACUGAAUGGACAAACCCAGCAAGUGUUCAUGUUGUUUUCGUAACAAGUUCGGAUGGUGAACGUCUACCAUAUGGCCAACAUGAAGACAUUUUAAGUCGUGAAGCUCUCAAUUGUCAUACUUCUGACGAUAAGAACGCUCACUUUACGAUUGAUCUCGGUAUUUAUUUUUAUCCAAAAACUUAUACGCUUCGGCAUGCUCGUGGUUACGGACGAUCUGCCCUUCGUAAUUGGCUUUUACAGGGUUCUCAUAACGGUCGAAUAUGGGAUGUACUUGUGGUGCAUGAAAAUGAUACCUCAUUGAAUUAUCCAGGUUCCACAGCAUCAUGGCCAAUUGCUUGUCCAGAGGAGAAAGGUCCCUAUCGAUAUAUUCGCAUUGCACAAAACGGCAGGAAUGCCAGUAACCAGAAUCAUUAUUUGUCGUUAUCAGGUUUUGAAAUAUAUGGUGAUGUUGUUGAUGUCGUGGUAGAUGGUUUUAAAAUUCUGGAAGAAAAGCCAAGCAUGAGUAGCAGGCGAUCCAAAAAAUGUAUUACUAGUACUAAGGAAAUAUCAGCGAAGGAAAGCAUUAUUAAUGAAACAUCGCUCACUUCAAUCAAUACUAACAUACAUUCUGCGACCUCACUUGGUGAUGCCAGUGUUGUAUAUUUGCCUGGCGGUCAAACCAAUAAUAAAGUUGUAAGUGGUAUUAUUGGAUGUGAUGUGAUGCUCAGCGGGACAAAUACAGUGAAGAGCAGGACAUUUCGGUAUCGGCGUGGUUCGCGUUUACUGGCAGCAAAUAUAGCAGGACGUGGAAUCCGUAUAGCUAGCGUACCUGAUGCAGUGACUUGUCCGGUAGGCAGUCGCGUAGUUCGAGGUCCAGAUUGGAAAUGGGAUGAUCAAGGGAGUAAUAUGGAAGGCACGGUCAUAUCUCUCAUUGAUAAUGGUUGGAUUGAUGUUCAGUGGGAUGAUUGUACAUCAAAUUCUUAUCGCUUUGGUGCCGACGGAAAAUAUGAUAUUGAAUUGAAGUCUGCUGAAUGGUCACCGGGUUUACGUCGAGGUUUUCGAAUAGUUGGUGCACGACGAGAGAGUCAUGCCGCAGCUACAUUGUAUCCCACCGGUAGUGGUGAAGUCCCUCCUGGAUUUUCAAGACAGCUUCCUCCAGUUCCGCGCGGGUUUAUGGAUCAUAGUCCCACAGAAACAUUACGAAAGGCGAAGCCCGGCAAUGCAUCUUUUUCCCGGUAUCAUCAAAGUGUCAGUUCACGUAGCAGUGCUGAAAUGAGUACUUUCGAUCGGAACAAAUCUGACUCUUGUCUUCAUUGUGGUUCACAAGAACAUCGUACAAAAGAUUGCGUUAAUGGUUUGGACUCCUCUAAUUUACAGAAAUCAGAAAUUAAUGCAGAAGACGAAAGCAUUACUAAUGCUAAGAUUAUUACUACAAAUCAGCUGUCCUCAAAUAUUGCACAAAAAUCGAUGUCAACUACCAAUUUGUUUGAUGGAUCUGAGGCAGCGAAAAGAGCGUCAGUAGCAUCAACCAAUCAGGCGGCAAGUGCGGAAUCUUUGCAACAUCAGACACCAUCCUUAGAAAAUUUAUUGGCACGUUCAAAAAUAUUCGAUGACCGUAUCCCAGAAGUAGUCUCGGAUGAUAUACCUACAGUUGAAAGUCAGCAUACAACUGGCUCCUCAACAGCCGUCGAUACUGAUCAGGAAAGUAUUUCUACAAAUAACUAUGCCGGUUUGGAUACCAGCUUUGAAAGUUUUGAUGGUGCAGUCGCAAUUAUCGAAAAGACACAUGAUGUGAAUGUUUCUAUAAAACCGAGCACAUACGUUGGUGGCUCUCAGCCUAUAUUACCUGAUCAAGAUUCUGACACUUCUGGAGAAGCACAAGUAAUCAGGCAGCGUGAUACGUGUUCAUAUCCUCAGAACUCGGUGAGAUCCAAUAUACAAAAUGAUUUAGCUCCAGCAAGUAGUAGUAAUACUACAUCGCUGGGGGAGGCAAAUGCGCGAAAUUUAGCAAAUAUGAGUGUCAGCGCUCCAAAUUUGGUUAUUUUACGACAGCUUCAACAGUCGGGAACAGCGUCGAAUACUGAUCAAAUGUUCUUAUCCGGUGACGAUGAUUUAGUGCGGAAUAUCUUGCAAGAUUUGGCCAGCGAUCCAUCGCGGCUUCGUAGCUUGCGUCGAUUUGCACUUGCAAGAAGCGGUUCAGCUAUGAUAAGUGAUGGUGAUAACGCUAUACAUGAUUCUACUCGGCGGUCUUUAAUCAAUGAAGAAUACGGGAGAAUAAGGAACGAAUCGUUUGGAGCACUGACUCAUGAAAUCAUUCGCAAAAAUGCCGACAUGAGUAGCGAAGUUAAUGAACAUAUCGAUGCUGUCAUGUCACUUGCUGAUGGUGAAUCGAAUGAAAGCAAACUAGGAGACAGUUGGAAACAAAAAGAAAGAGGUCCCUCAGAGAUACAAGGAAAUACAUUUCCCUUGGAGCCUGUGAAAAUCUCGUUGGUGCCCAUGAUGUUGCAGUCGUUUAAUCCUGGACAGAGAAUAAUAACUGAAGAAAAUAGUAGUAAUCGCGAAGUGGCAACAAAUAUAUCGAUUGCUGAUAGCACAGUUUUUUAUACAAAUGGUCGCAAAGCGCCUUUAACUUCUUGCUUACCAGAGCAGUUAGAUGACGAUGUUUCUGAUAAAAUGGAUGCUUCGAUGGAAAUAAUUGGUUCAAAUCAGCCAGGUGGUUCCCAAAGAGCACUUGGCAAAUCUUCGUUUGGAACAGGUUUUCGAUCAGCUUCUGGGACACAGUCUUUGUGCUCACGACGAAGUAUGCAAAAUAGUGGAGGUAAUUUCCCUUCACGUUUAGGUAAUUACGCAGAUGUUCUACGCACUGUUGUCAUGCAACAAAUCAUUGAUUCUGGUGGUUCGCUGAAUGGUCUCGAGUUAGAAGAAAUUGAGGAUGACAUAUACGAUGAUGAAAUGCAAGAUGAAGGUAACGAAGAUGACUGUGAUGAGGAAUAUGCAAAUGGUUUAUCUGUAGAGGCACUGGCGCAAGCAGCAGCUGCUUUUCAUAAACAGUCCAGUGGAGGAAGCACUGGAUUGAGUGGAGAACUGAAGUUUAACUGGAAACAGAUUGUAAUGGGUGAGGCUGGCAGAUUGAUAGGUGAUCGAGGUUUACGAUCAUCAACCUCGCCAAGUAACAACAAACAGAAUCGAGGAGGUGUCAGUCGGAAUUGGGAUGAUGAAUUCGUUUUGAAGCACCAGUUACCCGCCUUAAUUCCUGCAUUCGAUCCUCGUCCAGGCAGAACAAAUGUCAAUCAGAUCCAGGAUAUCGACUUGCCAGAUGGUAUCAGUGAGUCUCGGAGUGAAGCGGCAUUUCAUUCUGGGUGUUCAGUGCCGCAUACGGAAGAGGUACCAGAGUUGCGUCUAUAUCUUCAAGGACCCAAUUUAACAAACAUAAGUAAUGCUACUAUCGAACUGGUUGAUAAUGACAGAUCGAUAUUUUUCUAUCUUCAGCAGCUUGUUCAAAAUGUCGAGUGGGGACAGAAAAAUGAAAGAACAAGGCGUAUUUGGGAGCCGACGUAUACAUUGAUUUAUCGAAAUGCAUGUGAUAAUGAUGAACUUCCGCAAACAGUUAAUAAAACGAUUGCAGAAAUGAAUGGUUUCCCAGAAAAUGUUGCUAAUACUUUGGUAGUUCUUUCAAGCUUACAUCAAAUUGGUGCAAAUGUAAUGAAAUAUGAAAUGGCGACAGAUAUUUUUGUUAGUGAAAAAUUGACUCAAAAACUGAUGCAAGAGUUAGCAGAUCCAUUGAUUGUUUCUGCAAGAGCUUUGCCUUCUUGGUGCGAUGAACUAAUUUUCAAAUAUCCAUGUUUAUUUAGUGUUGAAACGAGGACUAAUUAUUUUCGAGCUACUGCGUUUGGUACUUCGCGUUCAAUUGUAUGGCUACAGGCUCGUCACGAUCAGAUGCUUGAACAGUCUCGUGGUGCAACAAGUGCUGCAUCGGUAUCGAAUCUUACUGGAACUCGUAGAGAUGAUAAUUAUCCCGAGUUCCGCAUAGGCCGAAUUAAGCAUGAACGCAUCAAGGUGCCACGUGACGAUGAGCAGCUAUUCGAAUAUGCUGUCCGAUUAUUGGAGUUUCAUGCUUCUAGGAAAGCGGUGCUGGAAGUUGAAUAUAUUAAUGAAGAAGGAACUGGAUUGGGACCAACACUGGAGUUUUAUGCUUUGAUGGCCGCCGAAUUUCAACGCAAAGACUUAGAAAUGUGGAUCUGUGAUGACAUGGAUACUGACCAGAUGGAAGGACUAGAUCUUGGGGAGGGUAUGAAACCACCGGGAUACUAUAUUCGUCGCCCUGGAGGACUUUUUCCGGCUUCAAUACCAAUUUCAUCUGCAGAAAACUCACGUGUUUCUCAAUUAUUUCGAAUUUUCGGGAUUUUCCUAGCUAAAGUACUACAGGAUGGUCGUUUGGUGGAUUUACCACUGUCGCAACCAUUUUUAAAAAUAAUUACCAACCCACAGCUGACUGAAGGAAAUACUGUUGAUUUGAAUGGUGUACUUGAUUUGAAUGAUUUGGAAGAAGUAUACCCAGUCAGAGGUCGUAUAUUAAAAGAACUAGAUGCAUAUAUCGUGCAGAAACGUUCUAUUGAAGCUGACAAGAGGUUUGAUCCAGAUACUCGACGCCGAAAGAUCGAACAACUUAAAUUAAAUAUUAAUGGUUCAGAAUGUACAAUUGAGGAUUUAUCAUUAACUUUUUGUGUAAAUCCAUCGUCAACCAUAUUCAACUAUAAGCAAAUGGAACUGAUUGAAAAUGGUAUGAAUAUCGAUGUCACUGCUAAUAAUGUUGAACUUUAUAUUGCUUCAUGCACAGAUUUUUAUCUCAGUUCUGGUAUUCUUAAUCAGUUGAAAGCAUUUCGCGAAGGCUUUGAUCUUGUUUUUCCUUUACGAAAUUUAAGGAUGUUUGUUCCAAGAGAAUUACAGACUUUGCUCUCUGGUGAUCAGUGUCCGGAAUGGACUCGUGAAGAUAUUAUUAGUUUCACUGAGCCAAAACUGGGUUAUACUAAGGAAUCGCCUGGUUUCUUACGCUUUGUUGAUGUUCUAGUAGGAAUGAAUGCUUGUGAACGCAAGUCCUUUUUACAGUUUACAACAGGUUGUUCUUCGUUGCCGCCAGGUGGUUUGGCAAAUUUGCAUCCACGUUUGACAAUUGUUCGAAAAGUUGAUAGCGGCGACGGUAGUUAUCCAUCUGUGAAUACUUGUGUUCACUACUUAAAAUUGCCCGAUUAUAGUUCUACGGAGAUUAUGCGUGAACGUCUUCUAACAGCAACUAAUGAAAAAGGUUUUCAUCUAAACUGA